AAACGUUCAAUACAUAGUGUUGUGUAAAAACUUGAUCGAUUUAGCUUUAAGGCUAGGGGGUUUAUACGUCUCAUCUGGACAUUUGUUAUUUUUUGGGAAUCUGCAUUUAUUUUAAAUGUUCUACCUGAAUCCAACGUAAAAAAACAAUGGGAUGAUAAACCAUUAUUCUAAGCCCUGAGUAUUUCUAAAGGAACAAAUUUUUAAGUAAUAUAUACAGAAGACUAUGUAUAGUUAAGGUGAUGACGCAUCUUUAGUAAUUCGUAUUAUCGAUUUUUCUAACAAUAUCAUUUCUCCCCAAAAAUAACGUUUGUUCGUUUUGUGAAUAUUUUAACAACUGCAUACACAGCUUUUAACAUAAGUAUGACUGGAUUUUAAUUAAUUUUUGUUCGUGAUAUAAUCAUUUAUUCACAGAACCAAUCAAGCAAUUAUCAAGUUUGAACCUCAUGGUGACGAAAAAUUGUUUUUUUCGGAUAAUUUUGACUAUAAUAAACAAAUCAUGUGAUGUCUCUUUGAUCGGUUUUUUUUUUAAGCGCCCCACGGCGAAAUAUUUAGCAUUUACAAUUGUCGUCUGUGAACAAAAUAAAAAGAACGUCGUUAAUCUACAUUUCGAAUAAAAUUGCGGAACUUCCCUAAAAUAAUUAACUUUCAUAGGAUAAAAUCGAAUAUUGUCGACAUCUGCUCUGUCGAAGAACAUGAAAAUGGUUUUGUCGCAGAGGCAGCGCGAGGAACUGAACCAAGCGAUUGCCGAUUACUUAGGCAGUAGCGGCUACUCUGAGUCCCUAGAUGUAUUCCGUAAAGAAGCCGACGUUUCUACAGAAAAUGAAAAGAAAUUCAGUGGACUUUUAGAAAAAAAAUGGACUUCAGUUAUUCGAUUGCAAAAAAAGGUUAUGGAGUUAGAAGCGAAAUUAUCAGAAGCUGAGAAGGAGGUUAUUGAGGGCGCUCCUACUAAAACAAAACGAAGCCCUGGCGAAUGGAUUCCACGUCCCCCGGAAAAAUUUUCUUUAACUGGACAUCGUGCAAGCAUUACACGGGUGGCAUUUCACCCAAUUUUUGGAUUGAUGGUUUCAUCAUCGGAGGAUGCUACUAUAAAAAUUUGGGAUUUCGAAACUGGAGAAUAUGAACGUACUUUAAAAGGUCACACCGAUUCUGUCCAAGACGUAGCAUUUGACGCCCAAGGAAAGCUUUUGGUAUCAUGUAGCGCUGAUUUAUCCAUUAAAUUAUGGGAUUUUCAACAAAGUUACGAAUGCGUAAAAACAAUGCAUGGACAUGACCAUAAUGUUUCGUCUGUGGCGUUUGUGCCAGCUGGAGAUUACGUAAUUUCAGCAUCACGAGACAAAACCAUAAAGAUGUGGGAAGUGGCCACGGGAUACUGUGUAAAAACAUAUACUGGCCAUAGAGAAUGGGUGCGUUUGGUUCGUGUACACCUUGAUGGGAGUAUAUUUGCUUCUUGUUCAAAUGAUCACUCUAUUCGCAUUUGGCAAACGAGUACAAAGGAUUGCAAGGCCGAACUUCGAGAUCACGAUCACACAGUUGAAUGUAUAGCUUGGGCACCGGAUUUAUCCACAACUGCUAUAAAUGAAGGUACUGGCGUUGAUAAUAGAAAAGGCCACCAUCAAGGACCAUUUUUGGCAUCAGGAUCUCGAGACAAAACUAUAAAAAUUUGGGACAUUAGUGUUGGUGUAUGUUUGUUCACUCUGAAUGGCCAUGAUAACUGGGUCAGAGGUUUAUCAUUUCAUCCAGGCGGUAAAUAUCUUAUAUCAGCAAGUGAUGACAAAACCAUUAGAGUUUGGGAUUUACGCAACAAGCGAUGUAUGAAAACGCUGUAUGCACAUCAGCAUUUUUGCACUUCAAUUGAUUUCCAUAAAACUCAUCCCUAUGUUAUUUCCGGAAGCGUAGAUCAGACCGUAAAGGUUUGGGAAUGUCGUUAAUUUCAUUAACGGUUUACAUUUAUCUUUACCUAUAAGCAGGUGACAUUAUUUGAAUUUCAGAAGUAAAAUUAUAUCUAUUAGAUUAUCAUACAUAUGUAAUUCAAUACGAUAUAAUAUAUUUAUUUAAUAAUGAUUAUAGUAUAACGAAAAUCUUAUUAAAAUAUUAUUUAUUUUAAACCAAGAACUAGAGCAACUGAUGAAAAAUUUAAAGAGCAAGUAUAUUAAUGUAAUAUUAUAAUUAAAGUAAAUAACAAAGCUUACAGUCGAUAAAUAUAAAUAGAUUCAUAUAUAACAGUUCUAUACAAUGUAUGCUUUUAAGACUUUUUUAAUUAUAAUUUAAAAAAUGGAUUAAUAUUCCGUAUAUUUGAAGAUAUAUUGCUAAUACUAUCGUUGAUAUAUAUAAUAAAAAAGUCAAAUAUACCUAUAAUAAAAAAUAACAUCGAAAUAUGAGUUCUACUAAUUUAUAUUAUGCUAAAUACACGAACUAAUUUCUGUUUUAAAACUCGUAGUAAUAGUGCUGAUUCCCAUUAAUAAUCACUGAAUAUUUCAUUGUAAAAACAUUUUAUACAUAUAGCGUCAUCAGAAUUUUAAGUAUAUUACAUGUUUUCAGACAGCAGUCCACAUAAAGAUAUUUAAAAGAGAA